AACGUCAACGGUCGGACCGUCGGAUAGAUUCCCAAUUGGGCCCUGCCGCCCCGACGCAGGGGUAGCCAGCCCUCGCCGAUCGUUCGUUGCGUGCGUACCGACGAGCUGCCGGCCGCGUCGAUCUCUCGCCCGGAAUCCCUGUUGCGGAGGCGGGCCGGCGCGGAGGGAGAGCGAGUGGUCCCCUGCCGUCCUACGAAGGCUGCCUUGCGUCGGGGGUAAUUGCACAGUACUGAGUCUCCAUGGCCAUCGGAGCGGAGGUGCUAUUCUGGAACAUCAAAUUUUCUAAGUGAAGUCGCUAGCAAAGCACCAAACUGUCUGCUGCUAUUGUUUCCAUGGCAACCAACGAGAACCUCUCACCAAAUGUCAUCAGGCAAUUGGCUAAAGAACUGAAGAAUCUUGAUGAGUCACCUCUAGAAGGGAUUAAAGUUAUUGUUAAUGAUGAUGACUUCACCACUAUUUUCGCUGAUAUCGAUGGGCCUGCUGGGACUCCAUAUGAGAAUGGAGUAUUCCGGAUGAAACUAUUAUUAUCUCACGACUUCCCUCAAUCUCCUCCAAAAGGUUUCUUCUUGACAAAAAUUUUCCAUCCAAAUAUUGCAACUAGUGGUGAGAUUUGUGUGAAUACAUUGAAGAAGGAUUGGAAUCCUAGUCUUGGAUUAAGACAUGUUCUCCUGGUAGUGAGAUGCCUUCUGAUUGAACCAUUUCCUGAAUCUGCCCUUAACGAACAAGCUGGAAAGAUGCUACUUGAGAACUAUGAGCAGUACGCACGGCAUGCAAGGCUAUACACUGGCAUCCAUGCGCUUAAACCCAAGAAUAAGUCCAAGAGUGGAGCUAUUUCUGAGUCAACCACAGAUCUAAAUGUUGAUCAGUCUAAUACUGUUCUCAUUGAGAACAUACCUUUGGCAUCAGCAGCAUUAUCUACCACCACUGCGACCAAAGCAUUAGGCACAAACUCGCAGGAUCAGAAUGCUGCUCCGUCUGAUUCUGUUUUAGGAGCAUCCGCUGUACUAAAAAAGGAUGGGCCACAUGUUGCCAAAGUUCCAGUUGAUAAGAAGAAGAUGGAUGCUAGGAAGAAGAGCUUGAAGAGAUUAUAAUCAAAUAAUCUUCUGGGAAGACGGGGGUGGUUAGUGGUACAUAAUAUUACGAUUUCUUCAUAAGUGCUAGAUUCAGCAGAUGCGUCGUGGAACUGAAAAAGGAUAACGCGAGAGGCAGCAUCUCAUGGGCUGGUGUUCAAUAGAAGGAUGCUUGUGUUCGGCCCAAAAGGGAAGAAUGUGGAGUGGGUCUGUCCUCUGUACUCUGUUAGAACAAACUAUCUGUGCAAUGACGAUUAUUUGGAAGAAUACUUGCCUUUACUGUUGA